AACAAACCUUAUUCAAAUACACUCAACUAAAACACACACUCGAUGGCACGCCACUCGCUCCUCCUAUUUGCAGCGGCCAUUCUCGCCGCCGUAGUGGCCGCCGCCAGCGGUUGCUCGAAGUCGGAUAGGGAGGCGCUUCUGGGCUUCCGCCAGGCGCUGAACGAGCCCUACCUCGGCCUGUUCAACUCGUGGACGGGCUCCAACUGCUGCGUCAACUGGUACGGCGUCAGCUGCGAUGCCGCCACCGGCCGCGUCACCGACGUCAACCUCCGCGGCGAGUCGGAGGACCCAAUCUUCGAGAAAGCCGGUCGCUCCGGCUACAUGACCGGCAAAAUCUCGCCGGCAAUAUGCGGCAUCGACACCCUCACCACCCUCGUCGUCGCUGACUGGAAGGACAUCUCCGGCGAGAUCCCUGCCUGCGUCACCUCCCUCUCCUCCCUCCGCAUUCUCGACCUCAUCGGAAACAAACUCUCCGGCGAGAUCCCCUCCGAUAUCGGCAGACUCAACCGCCUCACCGUCCUCAACCUCGCGGACAACACCCUCGCCGGAAAAAUUCCUUCUUCAAUCACCCAACUCACCUCGCUCAAACACCUCGACCUCAGCAACAACCUCCUCACCGGCGAGAUUCCCAAGGAUUUCGGCAACCUUGCAAUGCUGAGCCGAGCGCUGCUGAACCGGAACCAGUUAACCGGUUCCAUACCGGUUUCAAUUUCCAAGAUUUACCGGCUCGCGGACUUGGACCUGUCCGUGAACCGCUUGACCGGUUCGGUUCCGUUUGAGCUCGGAAAAAUGCCGGUUCUUUCCGUGCUUAAUCUGGACAGCAACUCAUUCCAGGGUUUAAUACCCGAGAGUUUGUUGAGUAACGGGGGAAUGGGUAUUUUGAACCUCAGCCGAAACGGGUUUGAAGGAUCCAUACCCGAUGUUUUCGGGUCACACUCGUAUUUCAUGGCUUUGGAUCUGUCUUACAACAAUUUAAAGGGUCGGGUACCCACAUCGUUGGCAUCCGCGAAGUAUAUCGGGCAUUUGGAUCUUAGUCAUAACCAUUUGUGCGGGACCAUUCCUGUCGGGGCACCCUUCGAUCACCUUGAAGCGUCAUCGUUUGGGUUCAACGACUGCUUGUGUGGGAACCCGCUGAAGACAUGCUAGUUACCGUGGGUGACCCGAAUAAGUACCCGAUUCGAUUGUAAUGAAAUGAUGAAAGCAAGGUGUGAAUUUUGGUGUAAUAGUAAUUUUUCUUUGUUUUUAAGUGGUGUAAUAUAAUAUCUUAGUGAGAAAGAUGAAAGGGACAAAAAGAAAAAGAAGUGAUGUUGACCCACUUUGAGAUCACGUGCACUACAGAACAAGGGUUUGAACGAAGGAAUUCAUGUUUUGAUGAAAAGUUGAAACUAAUUUGAAAGUUGUUUUUUUGUUUUGCAUGUGAGCUACUUUGUUGCACAAUGUAAAAAGAUAUGGAUAAUGAUUUGAUUACUGUUUUUUACUUA